AUGAAGAUCCUUCUCUUUUUCUGUAUUUUGCUUUUCUUUGCUGUCCUUAUUCCACCAGCCAGAAGUGAAGGGCACUAUAUCAUCUUUAAUAGGUGGAAGGCAUGUAUAGCGAUUGGCGGUCGAUGUAAAAAUCAAUGUGACGAUAGUGAAUUUAGGAUUUCAUACUGUGAAAGACCUACAACUCAUUGCUGCGUGAGAGAAUGUGACCCUAUGGAUCCAAAUAAUUGGAUUCCAAAGGACUCAGUAGGGACUCAAGAAUGGUACCCUAAAGACUCAAGUCAUUGAAGAAAUCUAUCCACAAGAAGAUGAUACAUCUUAACGAAGUCUUCUCAUUAUUUCAUCACUUCAUUAAUGACCUAUAAUUUCUGUGCAUGUAUACCUAUAAUGAAUAUACAAUUAAAUAAAAUAUAUU